AAAGUAAUUUUUCGGUUUUCAAAAUUCACAAAAAAAAAUUCUUUAACUUCCAAAAUUCACAAUUAACUAUAAAAACCCAGCAAAAAUUCAGAAUCUGAUAUCCUUUUACGUUUUAAGUUGACUGAAGUGUUAACCCUGGUGUAAAGUAUGAAAAUAUGCAAUAAAUAGAAAUUGCUUAAUUCAAAAGCCUUUACCGAAACAAAUUCGACAUCCACUGCUCAUCGGCGAACUCGUUUUCCAUUCAAAAAUUUGUAGUAAAAAUUUGGUAAAGAGAAAAAAAACAAAUCUAAAAAUAUGUCCGCUGCUAAAAUGAAGACCGUACCACCCAGUACUGCCACUACAGACGCACAAGAGCGUCUACGUAAGCAGCAGCAGCAGCAACAACAGAAUGAUAAAAUUGCUAAAAAGUAUAUGUUGUCAACAACGGUCGAUUCUGAUCAACCAACAACAGCCACAACAACGGCAGCGGCCGCAACCGCAACAGUUUCAGCGGCUAGCACUGCAGCCGCACGUCGAAAUCACACUAGAAAAUUACGCUCGGCCAGCGGUGAUGAUAUAAAACGACCCGUCGACAAGCGUUCAACAACAACAACUUCAACGAAACGCAAACGUCAUGUAGACUUUAUGCCACCGAAUAAAUCAAAAACACGUCUAACUACCGCAAAAACCAAAACACAGCCAGCACCUAGCACCACAAAUUCUACUGAUUCACCAGCCACCACUGUGGUCAAAUCCAAGUCCAUACUCAAAGUUAAGCAAAUAACUGUGGUCAAACGUAAAACUGGCACAAAUAAAGUGACUAAAAAACUGAAAAAAGCGCCACAGGGCGCACAAGCUGAAAUGGAGGCGGCUGAGUUGUCUAAGUUGGAGCAACAGUUUGCAAGAAAUCCGCCGGUUGUAACAAAUGCCGAGGAAACGCCAACAAAUGACAAUGCGUCAGCCGCAAAUACGGCAGUGACAAUAAAUUCCCACGAUAAUGGUCAUCAACUCACUAGUUUUAACAAUCGACGCUUACACAGGCGUAAGCAUUUCAUGCCCGCCGGCGCCGGCAUUGUCGAGUCGGGUUCUGUUAAUGUGCCACCCGUGCGUCGCUUUAGUCCUGUGCGCGACAAAGCCGCACUCUUUGCCAAAGAAAGUGCGAAAGUUUAUAAUAGUGUUGACUCCUUUAAUAUACCCACCAAAAGCAAUAACAUAACUGUGGCUAUGGUCAAAGAGGUGCAUACAAAUAAACCAAUAAAUAAAUCAAACAACGAAGAAGCACCACCGCCAAAUCAAAAUGAAACACCAAAUAAUGCGGUUGCCUCGAAUUUAGUCGCAUCUCAGGCUAAUGUCGCUGAUGGUAGUCCUGUUGCGGGUGGUGGCCCAGUGCAUACACCACAAGAGUUACAAAAUGCAAUAAUUGCACCAGUGGUAGUGCCAAUUGCCGAACCCACUGCUUCCAUUACGGCCUCAACUAGUAAUAAUUAUUCGUCUAAAAAAGGGAAAAUAAACGAAGAAAGCGCAGCUAAAACUAGCACCGAAGCUGCUGCCGCUGCUGGUCCAUCAACAUCAACCUCCCAAACAGCCGAAGAAGACAAAGACAAGGAGGAAGAUAAAGAUGCAAAAAAGAAAAAGAAUCGUUGCGCUGAGUGCCGUAAGAAAGUUGGUCUUACAGGCUUUCAAUGCCGAUGUGGUGGACUCUACUGCGCUGUACACAGAUACAGUGAUAAACACGACUGCACAUUUAACUAUCGGGAACAUGGGGCCCAAGAGAUUCGACGCAAUAAUCCUGUGGUAGUUGGCGAAAAAAUACAAAAAAUUUGAACUUUUGUGCCAUCAACUUUAUAAUAUAAAUAUAAAUAUAUAUAUAUAUAAAUAUAAAUAUUAAAUAUUAAAUAUAUACAUAAAAAUUAAAUAUAAAUAAUAAUGGUAAUAUAAUUAAUAACUAUAUAUAUAAUAAUAAUAAUUAAUAUACACAUACACAAAACAAAACAAACAAAGUAAUGGAUGAAAGAGCAAAAUAAAAUCAAUACUAAAACAAGCAAACAAAAAACUCAGCUAAAAAAGAUUGAAAAAUGAAAAAAAUAUAAUAUAUAUAUAUAUAUAGUAGUAUAGCGCAGAGAGUUAAUUUGAAUGUAAUAUAAACUCCUCAAAGCAUACAUCAAACACAUGCAUACACACACAUAUAUAUAUAUAUAUACAUAGGCACACAUACAUAUAAACAGAAUACCACCAAUACACACAGAGGAAUAAUGCUUGAAUUUCAUAAGUCACUACCUACCAGCCGCCACUCCUCUUCAACCAGACGUAUGGACACCUGCCCACAUGUCGCAAAGCCAACAAACACACGACGAUUGUAUGCUGGAACAUACUGACAAACUUGCAUGAAAGCACAGCACAAAAAGCCAAAACAAAAAAAGCAAAAACACAAAAUAUAAUGCAGUGAUUAAUUGAAAGGAGAAUAGCAGGCGUCUUUGAUUGGCUGAAGAAGUAAGCGCGGCAUGGGUGCGCUAUAUAGCCGACAGUGUAUGCAAUUUAUACUUGGCUUACAGGGGGAGAAAGUGUUCGAUAACGGCAGCAGUGGGGAGCUUAAUGGUGUACGCGCUCUGCUGCAGUUGGUAGCGUAUGGUUUGUAGUAAAUCUAUUAAUUUAAUGACUCUGUCCACGAAGCGCCCUAGCAGCAAUGCUGCCAUAACUUCCAAUACCUCCAGCAGCGUUGGCGUAUUCAAGGAUGUAACACAAUUUUAUCCAACAUUUCCAAGCUGACGGCAGCUGCAGAGAGAGAGAGAACACCAUCAAUGCAACACACUACUGACUGGCGUAAAUGUACAGAAGAACUCAAGCGAACACAGCACGGCGCACAGACUAGCGCAGCGACCAAAUAUGCGUCAUGUCUACACCGGUGCUCCCUCCCCCCUUUCUUCUUGGAGAGUUGUGGAGGCUGGUUUCCAUUUUUGGCUGCAAUUAGUUUUUAAGAUAUUUCGAAAUUUCUCAAUACAAAAUGCAAUACAAAAGUUUAAAUAAAAGUUACAUGUAUAUACAAAAUACAAACACAUAUACACACUCACACACUUUCUUGGCAAACAAUAAGAACAUUUAAGGAACUUUAUUCAAUACUACUAAUUUCAAUUACAGCUAAAUGAGUAAAAUACAAACGAAAAAUUUAAAAAAAAAAAACAUAAAAAUAAAUACAAAAAAAAUAAAAUGCAAAAACAAAACAAUAUUAAUUAUUAUUAAAACAAUUACUAUUAUAUUAUAUUAUUAUUAUUAUUACAACAACACAAGCGAGACAGAAAAUGAGCUAAAAAAUAAAGAGUAACAAGUAAGAAAUGAGAAAAAAAAAUUGAAAACCAAAAAAAACGUAAAAAUCAUAAAAUCAUAAAAAAAAACUUUUACCUAGUUUACUAUUAAAAAUUGCGUGCAGGAGUAAACAACAUAUUUUAAUUAAAACUAAAAACAGAGAAGUAAAAAACAAAACUUAGUUUAUAGUGUGCAGUAAAUGAAAAGCGGCAAAAACGAAAAGGAAAACAAAAAGAAAAUCAUAAUUAAUUUAAAAAAAGAAACCCUAAAUUAAUAAAAGCAGAUCGUCAGAGUUGAAGAUUUAGGCUUAAACAUAAAUGAGAGUAAAUGCAAAUGGAUUAAUUUAAUUUAAUAAAAUAUACAUAUUACCUAUAUAUAUACAAACACACAUAUAUAUAUAUAUAUAUAUAUAUAAAUAUAUAUAUACAUAAAUAACUAUAAUUCAAAAAUGUUUGAUGAGUGGGAGCGAAAGCGAUAAAAGUUAUAUUUUAACUGACUUAGCAAUAUAAGAUUAUCUACUAUCUCACCACGGUUCGUUCUUUACAAAAACAAAAACAAAAACACAAACAAAACAAAGAAAACGCAAAAAAAACAAUAAUUCAAACACAUUAUUAUAAACUAUACUUCCUUUGUUGCUUUAUCGUUGUAAUUAAUUUGAGUUUGAGUUGUUUUCUUCCUCUUCUUCUGCUCUUUUACUUUAAGCGUUAUUUAGUUUCUUCCUUCAAAUUAUGUUAGUAGAUAUUAAUAACUCUUUCUUUUCCUUGUUUUGUGUUUUAAAAUCAUUCAAAAAAUAAAAAAUAAAAAAUAAAAUUAACAAUAAAAGUGAAAAGAUUACAAGCAAAUUAGCCGUAAAACUGCAAUUUUCGUUGUUGAAGUAGAAGUCGAUCGAUCUUACGUUUUUAGUUAAUUUGAGUAACAAUAAUUAAUUAUUAAUAAUUAAAAAUAUACAUUUUGAAAGAGUAAAAUAUGUGUAUAGUUGGGUAUCAAAUUGAAAUGUGCAGUUGUGUGUUGGGCGUGCGGUGCGUUGCGGUGCCGCAUUGUUAGGCGUGCAAGGCAAAGCUAACAACAAUAAAUAACGUAAGAAAAAUAUCUAUAAAAUAUAAUCAAAAGCCAAAUGAUAAUGGUGCGCGCACUAACGGUGGCGGCGGGCAGCAAGAGCAGCACAAAUUUUAUGUAGAGAGAAUUUUAAGCAAUUUACAUAUAGUUUUUGAAUUUGGUUUGAUGGAAUAAAAAUGUAGCAUGUGACAAUAUAAUUAUUUUUACAACA